GACAAAGGUGCAGUUUUCGUUUAAGCGGCAGGAGGCGCUGUCUCUGGAGGUUUAGAUUCAUUCCCCGCCUCCCGCCCGCUCCCGCGGAAUCUGGUGCGCAGGCGCGGCUUCGUGGAUUGGCCGUGCGCGGGAGCCGUCAUUCAGUGGCGGGUCCGGGCUGGGGGACUGAGGGGAGAAAAGAUGGCGGCGGCAGCUGCAGCUGGUGCGGCCUCCGGGUUGCCAGGUCCAGUAGCACAAGGAUUAAAGGAGGCGUUGGUGGAUACUCUCACUGGGAUCCUGUCCCCAGUGCAGGAGGUGCGGGCUGCUGCCGAGGAACAGAUUAAGGUGCUGGAGGUGACGGAGGAAUUUGGUGUUCACUUGGCAGAGCUGACUGUAGAUCCCCAGGGAGCACUGGCAAUCCGUCAGCUAGCAUCAGUCAUCUUGAAACAAUACGUGGAAACUCACUGGUGUGCCCAAUCAGAAAAGUUUAGGCCUCCUGAAACUACAGAAAGGGCAAAAAUUGUUAUCCGGGAGCUAUUGCCCAAUGGGUUGAGAGAAUCCAUAAGCAAAGUGCGCUCCAGUGUGGCCUAUGCAGUGUCAGCCAUUGCUCACUGGGACUGGCCGGAAGCCUGGCCCCAACUCUUCAACCUGCUCAUGGAGAUGUUGGUGAGCGGAGACUUAAAUGCCGUCCAUGGAGCCAUGCGUGUGCUGACAGAGUUCACUCGAGAGGUGACAGACACACAAAUGCCACUGGUUGCUCCUGUCAUUCUUCCAGAGAUGUAUAAGAUCUUCACCAUGGCUGAGGUAUAUGGUAUUCGAACCCGUUCCCGAGCUGUGGAGAUUUUUACCACUUGUGCCCAUAUGAUCUGUAACAUGGAGGAGCUAGAAAAGGGUGCAGCCAAAGUCCUGAUCUUUCCAGUGGUGCAGCAGUUCACAGAGGCCUUUGUUCAGGCCCUCCAGAUACCAGAUGGCCCCACAUCAGACAGUGGGUUUAAGAUGGAGGUCCUAAAGGCAGUGACAGCCCUGGUGAAAAACUUCCCAAAACACAUGGUGUCCUCCAUGCAGCAGAUUCUGCCUAUUGUUUGGAACACCCUAACUGAGAGUGCAGCUUUUUAUGUGAGGACUGAAGUGAAUUACACAGAGGAAGUAGAAGAUCCCGUGGAUUCUGAUGGUGAAGUCCUGGGCUUUGAAAAUCUCGUCUUUAGUAUUUUUGAAUUUGUCCAUGCCCUCCUAGAAAAUAGCAAAUUCAAAAGCACUGUUAAGAAAGCUUUGCCUGAGUUGAUUUACUAUAUUAUUCUGUACAUGCAAAUCACUGAGGAGCAGAUUAAAGUGUGGACAGCCAACCCCCAGCAGUUUGUAGAAGAUGAAGAUGAUGAUACUUUCUCCUAUACUGUUAGAAUUGCAGCUCAAGACCUAUUGCUGGCUGUGGCCACAGAUUUCCAGAAUGAGAGUGCAGCAGCUCUGGCUGCAGCAGCCACUAGGCAUUUACAAGAAGCUGAGCAAACCAAAAGCAGUGGCACUGAGCACUGGUGGAAGAUCCAUGAGGCCUGCAUGCUUGCCUUAGGCUCAGUGAAGUCCAUUAUCACGGACAGUGUGAAAAAUGGCAGGAUCCAUUUUGACAUGCAUGGGUUCCUAACCAAUGUCAUCCUUGCUGACCUCAACCUCUCAGUGUCUCCUUUCCUCCUGGGUCGGGCACUUUGGGCUGCCAGUCGGUUCACUGUUGCUAUGUCUCCUGAACUGAUCCAGCAGUUCCUACAAGCAACAGUUAGUGGUCUUCAUGAGUCACAACCUCCAUCAGUUCGAAUUUCUGCUGUGAGAGCCAUCUGGGGUUAUUGUGACCAACUGAAAGUUUCAGAGAGUACCCACGUGCUUCAGCCCUUCCUCCCCAGCAUCCUUGAUGGCUUAAUUCACCUAGCAGCCCAGUUCAGCUCAGAGGUUCUCAACCUGGUGAUGGAGACACUAUGCAUCGUUUGUACUGUAGACCCAGAAUUCACAGCAAGCAUGGAAAGCAAAAUCUGCCCCUUCACCAUCGCCAUUUUCCUAAAGUACAGUAAUGAUCCUGUUGUCGCCUCACUGGCUCAGGACAUCUUCAAGGAGCUGUCUCAGAUUGAAGCCUGUCAGGGCCCAAUGCAGAUGCGGCUAAUUCCCACUCUGGUCAGCAUAAUGCAGGCCCCAGCAGACAAGAUCCCUGCAGGUCUCUGUGCGACAGCCAUUGAUAUCCUGACAACAGUAGUUCGGAAUACAAAGCCUCCACUUUCCCAGCUUCUCAUCUGCCAAGCUUUCCCUGCUGUAGCACAGUGUACCCUGCACACAGAUGAUAAUGCCACCAUGCAGAAUGGUGGAGAGUGCUUGCGGGCCUAUGUGUCAGUGACGCUGGAGCAGGUAGCCCAGUGGCAUGAUGAACAAGGCCACAAUGGACUGUGGUAUGUGAUGCAAGUGGUGAGCCAGCUCCUAGACCCCCGCACCUCAGAGUUCACUGCAGCCUUUGUGGGCCGCCUUGUCUCCACCCUCAUUUCCAAGGCAGGGCGGGAGCUUGGGGAAAAUCUGGAUCAGAUUCUUCGUGCCAUCCUCAGUAAGAUGCAGCAGGCAGAGACACUCAGUGUCAUGCAGUCUCUGAUCAUGGUAUUCGCUCAUCUGGUGCACACUCAGCUGGAACCUCUCUUGGAGUUCCUCUGUAGUCUCCCAGGACCUACUGGAAAACCUGCCCUAGAGUUUGUGAUGGCUGAGUGGACAAGCCGACAGCAUCUGUUCUAUGGACAGUAUGAAGGCAAAGUCAGCUCUGUGGCACUGUGUAAGCUGCUCCAGCAUGGCAUCAAUGCAGAUGACAAACGGCUACAGGAUAUCCGUGUGAAGGGAGAAGAGAUCUACAGCAUGGAUGAGGGCAUCCGUACCCGCUCUAAGUCAGCCAAAAAUCCAGAGCGCUGGACAAAUAUUCCUUUGCUGGUCAAGAUCCUAAAGCUGAUUAUCAACGAGCUCUCCAACGUCAUGGAGGCCAAUGCCGCACGCCAGGCCACUCCUGCAGAGUGGAGUCAAGCAGAUGACUCCAAUGAUAUGUGGGAGGACCAGGAGGAGGAAGAUGAGGAAGAGGAGGAUGGUUUAGGUGGCCAACUUUUAUCUGACAUUCUUGCUACCAGUAAAUAUGAGGAGGAUUACUACGAGGAUGAUGAGGAAGAUGACCCCGAUGCCCUGAAGGAUCCUCUCUAUCAGAUUGAUCUGCAGGCAUAUCUCACAGACUUCCUUUGCCAGUUUGCUCAGCAGCCGUGCUACAUAAUGUUCUCAGGCCACCUUAAUGACAACGAGAGGCGGAUUCUACAGACCAUCGGCAUCUAAAAAUGGCCUUUCCACGUUUGCUUUUUUUUUUUUGGCCCAGCCACAAAUAAUUUUGCAGUACUCACUGGCCUUGAGAUGCACUUUCUUCUCAACCUAGAGUGGUUUCCUGACCCUUGAUCCUUGGCCUCUGCAGAGUGACACUCAUAAUGACUCUGACCAAGUUCACCAGUGCCAUCACCUAGGAAUAGUGGAACAAGGGACAUUUCUCAAAGUUCCCAUGAAGAUACCCCAUAUCUGGAACAUUUUUCUCCCUAACUCUGCCCUUACCUCUGUUCCUAGUGUCCUCUGCUGGCCAGUCCAGAAACAUUUGUGCCCAGAAGGAUUAUGUGUUCAUGGAUUAUUUUACCCCACCUCAGGAGCACAGGAAGUCACUACCAUUUAUAUUCUGAAACAGACCUGUCUACUUUCAUAGGACAUCUGAUGUGUUCAAAUAGGAAUACUCUUGAGAGAUCACUAAGCUCUCUGCCUUCGACCACUGAUGCUCCUGGUUCUCAGCAGGCACAAGCAGGAGCACCUACAUCUACACCCUUUCCAGCAGUCUCCCUCCCUGCUUUCUUCCUGCAACACUGAGGCUCCUCUGUUGAAGGAAGUCAUCAUCUUGUUUUUGCUUCCUUGCAUGACACAACCCCUCCCCCAACCUGUUCCUAUAUAUACAUGCACACACAAAAUAAGCCAGAUGGCAAUUUGUUUUUCCUUUUUUAGAAAAAAAAAACUAGAAAAAAAAGGAUUUUUAAAAAAUCCACCUGACCCCACUAUAUUUAAUAUGCCUCUACCACACAUUACCACAGAGUAUGAUAUUCAAAGGUUAUCCCUUGUCCCUCAGGAAUCCUUUAAAAUGGUUAAGUUGUAGCCCUCAAAUUUGCAACGUGUAUUUUUCUAGGACAGUAAAGUAAUCUUUACAAAUGAA